UAUGAAUAUACAAGGUUCCUCUCGGAAUUAUGGUUCAACCUGCGCAGUAAUCUACCCCGCAUCUGGAUUAACAAUAGAUUUUACCUACUCUGUUGAUAUUAAGUAUUUUUUUACAACUGAACUAGGAGGUGAAGGACUUGAUCCACCUAGAGAAGAAAUCAAAUUAAGCUACGAAGAAUUCUGGCAUGGUAUUACUGCCAUGGUAGCAGCUAUUGAAGAGAGAGAGAGAGAGAGAUAUCAAACAAAUAAGAAAUAUAUCAAGAAAGCAAUUUGGAGAUAA